AAACCUGCUUCUCUUCAUUUCUGUGCAGGUCCUGCCAGAAGAAGACCGUGGGAAGAUUGCUUUGUUAGACAUGCCAACUCAGGGAGAGCUGUUUCAAACCCAGCAGCAGUUAGAGCAGCAGGAGGAAGAGCAGAGAGAGAAUGGGCAGAACAUCAAGACAAAACUGCAAGCACAGCUGCCUGAAGCUCAGAGGAAGACCAAGGCAGCUGAGGAGAGACAUGAGGAAGAAACAAAAAGAAUCCAAGAUGAAAUGAAUCUAUUUCAGCAGAGCGGGGAUCUGCAAAACGAGAUGAGGGAAACAGUGGCAGGAACUCCAGUCAAGAGACUUUCUCUCCCCCUCUGCUUACAGAACAGCAGGGAAAAGCUGCAAGCAGAACUGCAGAGAGCUUGGAGUGAGAUCAAGGCCAUGGGAGAAAGGCACGAGGAAGAAAUGAAAAAUAUCCAAGAGGAUGUGAAUCUCCUACUGCAGCAGAAGGAGACUCUACGAAAGCUGGUGGAAGAGUUGGCGUCUCAUCUGGCAGCCCCCAAACUGUCCCAGCAAGUGAUUGGCAACAAAGCUCAGCAAGGUCAGAGGAAGGGACAGGAACGGCCAAGGGAGGAGAUGCUGGAGGUUGAGCACUUACAGAAGAUGAUGGAGGAAAAGAAGACUCAAGAUGAGGAGGUAGAACAUUUGAACAAGGAACUGCAAGCGUGUCUGCAGCGCUUGGAGGGGGAAAAGAAUUCUUGGGGGGAAGUAGAGCAGUCAUUGUUGCAGUCAUCUUUUAGAAAAGCUGCUAAAAUAGAAUAUGAAACUGUCCAUUUACUCAUUUAUCUCUUAUCCCAGAUCUACAUAGACUCUGCCAUUGAACCUACUGCUGCAGUAGCAUCGUCUAAAGAAACCUCCACUCCCCAGCCUGAAAACUUGACAACGAGCAGUUGGCUCAGCUCAGGCCACGUGGAAGCUUUUCUGCAAGACAUGGUAGAGGAGGCGUCCCUGAACAUACUGAGGAGAAUGGUGAGCGUGGGAGAUCCUUUGCAGAAAUACAUUGAAUUGGAAAACAUUGGCAGUGGGGCUUUUGGAGCUGUUUGUAAAGCAUUUGACACUGCCACUGGAGGACAGGUGGCCAUAAAGAAAAUCAGUCUUCAAGAAACCAGCAAGGAACUAACUCUUAAUGAAAUCGAGGUCAUGAGGACAAAUAGGAAUUCCAACAUUGUUAACUAUUUGGACAGCUACAUUGUGGAGGAGGAACUCUGGCUGGUCAUGGAGUAUGUGGAUGGAGGCACUUUAUAUGAUGUUAUCAGUGAGACAUGCAUGUCUGAAGGACAGAUGGCAGCUGUCAGUCGGGAGUGCCUGCAAGGACUAUAUUUCCUUCACUCAAAUGGGGUGAUCCACAGAGACAUAAAAAGUUCAAACAUUCUCAUCAGAACAGAUGGAUCUGUCAAGUUGGCUGAUUUUGGCCUCUCUGCUCAGCUCAGCCUUGAGCAGAGUUAUCGAAACUCAGUGAUUGGGACUUCUUGGUGGAUGGCACCAGAAGUUGUGAUAAGCAAACCAUACGGUCCCAAAGUGGAUAUAUGGUCAUUUGGCAUCGUGGGACUGGAAAUGGUGGAAGGAGAAGUUCCUUACCAGAAUGAAACAUCUGUUCUGGCUCAGUACUUGAUAGCCACCGGAGGGGCACCCAAGCUGAAGAACCCCAAGCAAGUUUCCGCUUGGCUGCGUGACUUUCUGACCUGCUGCUUGGAGACAGACCAGGACAGGCGCUGGUCUGCCGAGGAACUCCUGCAGCAUCCAUUUGUAGAAUCAGCCAAGCCUGCCUCCAGCCUCGUGCCGCUUAUCACUGCAGUGAAGAAGUGGAAGGAAGAGACAAGACUCCAACAACCAGUCGAGGACCAUUUUCUUCAGUGGCAGCUCUAGGCAGGACUCAGAAUAAAAAC